AUGGUCCACCCCUACAUGCGCCAAUCCCACCACGCCCAAGAGGGCAUUCAAUCCGCGGAAGAGAUAUCCCAAAAGACAAUCGACUUGCUCGAACGCCUACACGCAAUUGUCAUAGGGCCCGGGCUUGGGCGGGACAGCUUAAUGCAGGAUACAGCCGCACACAUAAUUGAAGCGGCGAAAGCGAGGGGUAUGCCCAUGGUUGUAGAUGCGGACGGGUUGUUCUUAGUGCAAAACCGACCGUCCAUUAUUAAAGACUAUGUCAAAGCAAUUCUAACCCCCAAUAAGGCCGAAUUCGCACGCCUGUGUAAAACCAUGCAAAUUGACCCUCAAGAUGGCGAUGAGUUAGAGGUUUGUGCAAAACUAGCUAGAGCCUUCGGCGGUGUGACUAUCAUACAAAAGGGACCGAAGGAUUACAUUUCCAAUGGAAAGCAGACAUUUAUAUGCGAACUCGAAGGUGGUUUAAAGAGAAGUGGUGGGCAGGGCGACACCCUUACCGGAAGCCUGGGGACGUUUCUUGCUUGGACGAGGGCUUAUCGGGAGAGGAUUUGGAAUCACGACAACUCACUUUCCGAUUCGGAACUAAUCUCGUUAUCGGCAUUCGGAGCAGCUGCCGUAACAAGGUAUUGUUCACGGGUGGCGUACGAGAAGAAAGGCAGGGCACUACAGGCGAGUGACUUGUCGGUGGAAGUUGGCAAUGCUUUCAAAUACUUAUUCGAAACCGAAAACCCAAAACUCUAA